AUGUUACUUGAAUUGUUAAAGGAUGCGCUUCCCGAAGGUGAAACCUUACCAAGGUCUUUCUAUGAAACCAAGAAGAUUAUUGGAGACUUGGGCCUAAAAUACAAUAAAAUUGAUGCUUGUCCCAAUGAUUGUAUGUUAUAUUGGAAGGAUACUGUCGACGAGCAAUCAUGUGGUAUAUGUGGUGCUUCCAGAUGGAAAACAUUUGAACAUCAAUCAGAUGACGAUGCGACUUCUUCGACUGCCAAAGAGAGAAAAAUUCCAGCCAAAAUAUUACGCCAUUUUCCUUUGAAACCAAGGCUUCAGAGGUUGUACAUGUCAUCUAAAACAGCGUCCUCUAUGAAAUGGCAUUAUGAAUGUCGCAUCGAAGAUGGAAUGUUAAGGCAUCCGGCUAAUUCCCCGGCGUGGAAAACUUUUGAUCACUACCAUCCUACCUUUUCAUCGGAUAGUCGCAAUGUUAGACUUGGGUUAGCAGCUGAUGGUUUCAAUCCAUUCAAGACAAUGAGUAUUACUCAUAGCACAUGGCCGGUUAUUCUGAUACUAUAUAACUUGCCACCAUGGAUGUGUAUGAAGCAAUCUUAUUUCAUGAUGUCCUUGCUUAUUCCUGGUCCUUUUGGACCUGAUAAUGAUAUUGACGUGUAUUUGCAACCUUUAAUAGAUGAGUUGAAGGAUUUGUGGGAGGUUGGCAUAGACACUUAUGAUGCCUCAAGCAAUGAAAUAUUUCGAAUGCGUGUAGCAUUGUUGUGGACUAUCAGUGACUUUCCUGCAUAUGCGAACUUAUCUGGAUGGAGCACUAAAGGACGCCUUGCUUGUCCUUGCUGUAACAAGGACACUUUGUCUAAAUACUUGAAGCAUGGUCGAAAGUUUUGUUAUAUGGGUCAUCGUCGAUUCUUGGAACUUGAUCAUAGAUUUAGAAGUAAUAGCAGAUCUUUUGAUGGUACAGAAGAAUUUAGUGAGGCACCAACUUUGCUAUCUGGGUCUGAUGUGUUGGAUCAGUUACAAGGAAUUAAUGUCACAUUUGGGAAGAAGACUUCUGGCAAUUAUGGGCACAAGAGAAGACGAGAGGAUAAUGCAAAAGAUCGAUAUAACUGGAAGAAGCAGAGUAUCUUUUUCGAUUUGCCGUAUUGGGAACAUAAUUUGUUGCGGCACAAUCUGGAUGUGAUGCAUAUUGAAAAGAAUGUGUGUGACAAUGUGCUCGGGACACUGUUGAACAUUGAAGGGAAAACAAAGGACAGUUUAAAGGCACGUCUCGACAUGCAAGAUAUGGGUAUAAGACAAACAUUGCACCCAAGGCAGCUUUCAUCGAACAAAACAUAUUUGCCACCUGCAUGCUUUACCAUGUCAACCAGUGAGAAAGAUGAUUUCUGCAAAGUUUUGAAGUGAGUGAAAGUUCCAAAUG